UUUCAUAUCACUGCCAUGAAAUGUGUGUCUGCUGGCGUUGGUUUGGAUUGUUUCUUUUAAAGUCUCGAUGGUGCCGUUAAACGGGCAGUUUCUCACAUGUUUUCAGGAAGGGGGGGGCGGGGGGGCUGGUGUAUAAACUGCAUGAUAACGGCUCCUAAUGUGUGUAUAACUGUUUUUGCAGGGAGCGUAAAACAGGGGGGAUGAAGUUGGUGAAAAAGAAGCCACGGAGACGACACACUGAUGACCCCAGUAAGGAGUGCUUCAGCCUUAAGUUUGAUCUCAGCGUGGAUAUCAACACAGAAAUCGUACCUGCUAUGAAAAAGAAGACCCUGAGAGAGGUUUUAGGGCCAGUGUUUGAAAGGAACGGCAUCGAGCUUUCCCGCGUCGACCUGUUCCUGGAUCAGUCCAACACGCCGCUGUCACUCAACUUCGAGGCUUAUCGUUUUGGAGGACACUACCUCAAAGUUAAAGCUCGGCCAGGUGAUGAGCUGAAGGUGGAGCAAGGCGUGAAGGACUUUCGGUCGCUCAGCCUCCCCAACAUGAAGCCCUCCAGCGGUCAGAGCCCUUACAUCCUCACUCCGGGCAGCGAGAGGGUUGAACACGGCUCUCUGGGACGCAAGGAAAGCAUCGAUCUGCUGGGUCAGGCUCGACGGAGGAAGAACAUGACAGAGUUCCUCGGAGAAACGAAUAUUCCGACCCCGGAUGCUCUGGGACAGAUCGGUGGCUCUUUGCCCAGCGUUGGAGCUGGGCCUGACAGCUGGAAGAACCGCGCUGCCAGCCGCUUCAGUGGCUUCUUCAGCUCAAACGCGGGAGGAGGCGCCUUCGGAAAGGAGGUGGACCGUCUGGAGCAGCUCCAGAGCAAACUGCACUCCUACUCCAUGUUCGGGCUGCCCAAGGUGCCGCGGCAGCUCUCCUUCCACCAGGACUCCUGGGAGGAGGAGGAGGAGGAGACCAACCUCUUUCUGGAGGACAGUUGGCAGAUGCUACUGGACAACUCAGAGACAUUAACAAGGCGACAGUCCCACCAGCAGGAGGCAAUAUGGGAGCUGCUUCACACGGAGGCAACGUACAUAAAAAAGCUCCGAGUCAUCACUGAUCUGUUCCUGAGCGGGCUGCUGAACCUGCAGGAGAGCGGCCUGCUGACGGAGGUGGAGCCCAACAAGAUGUUCAGUAACAUCCAGGAGAUCCUCUGUCUCCACACGGCUCUGUGGAACCAGGUCAUGCUGCCCGUCCUGGAGAAGGCCAGGCAGGCUCGGGCCCUGCUCGACCCCACGGACCUCCACCACGGCUUCAGGACGUUUGGCUCCAGGUUCCAGCCGUACAUCCGUUACUGCAUGGAGGAGGAGGGCUGCAUGGAGUACAUGCGCACACUUCUCAGGGACAAUGAGCUCUUCAGGACCUACGUCACGUGGGGAGAGACCCAUAAGCAGUGUAACCGUCUGAAGCUCGCCGACAUGUUGGCUAAGCCUCACCAGAGACUGACCAAAUAUCCACUCCUGCUGAAGAGCGUUCUCAAGAAGACGGAUGAGCUGUCAGUUCGCGACAUUGUCAACAGCAUGGUCGCCUCCGUCGAGGGCUUCAUCAACAGCGUGGACUCCCAGAUGCGACAGCGGCAGGAGCAACAGAAGCUGGCCACCAUCUCCGCCCGCAUCGACUCCUACGAGGCUGUAGAGGGCAGCAGCGAUGAGGUGGAGAAGAUCCUCAAAGAGUACAACCGCUUCGACCUUAUGGCUCCCAUGAGAGGAAUAUCACCUGAGGAGACUCGACAGCUGCACCUCGAGGGAGCGCUGAGGAUGAAGGAGGGCAAAGACAGUCGGAUGGACGUCUAUUGCUUCUUGUUCACUGACCUGCUGCUAAUUACCAAACCGGUGAAAAGAGAGAAAGUAAAAGUCAUCCGACAGCCUCUCCUCGUUCACAACGUCGUCUGCAAAGAGCUCAAAGAUCCUGGCUCCUUCAUCCUCAUCUACCUCAACGAGUUCAAGAGUGCAGUGGCGGCCUACACUUUCCAAGCCAACAGUGCCACCCAGGGGCGAAGCUGGGUCGAUGCAGUCUGCAACGUCCAGAACCAACUGCAGAGGCUUCACACCGAGGAGAUCCUCCGACAGCAGAACAAGAGACGUGUGGCCGGUGAGGAAGAUGAGGAGGAGGAAGACGAGAGCAGCAACUCCACCACGAGUUCCCCCUGCAUGAGGCACAAAGACCAGCAGAACUCCAGCCAAUCAGACGGCUCCACUGAGACUCUGUCGGUGAUGGACAUCGACGAACAAGGAGACCCUCCCACCCCCAACAUGAACCUCCAGGGAACCAAGAAGACGGACUCAAACGUCUCCACUCUGUCUGAAGGGUCCGAGCAGUCCCAGUCCUCGAGCCCCCACAGACUCCACUCCAGUAUUUACUCUGAGCAGGAUCAGGAUCAGGAUCAGGAUCAGGAGCCCGGGUCCGAUGGUGACGGUGACAAGCUGGACCCUCAGUGUCGCUCCCUCUCCAUGGACAGCGCCUACGGUACUCUCUCCCCUGAAUCCCUCCUGAGAGAACUGCAGCCUCAGCCCGGCCAGAGCGAAGGAGAGGAGACGGAGGAGGAGGGAGAGAGGGAGGGCCGCGAGGUGGAGCAGGAAGAGGUAGAACUAGAGGAGGUAGAAGAAGAAGAAGAGGAGGAGGAGGAGGAGCAGGAAGAGGAAGAGGAGGAGGACUCUGCCUCGCUGGGCUCCCAGCUGUCAGUCGUCCAGUCCUCUAAACCUCGCCGGCGGCCGCACGUUCAGUCUCGGCUCCACUGCCUCCAGCGGCCGACCACUCUGGCGUUGUCUCGCUCCGAGGACAAUCUCCUGCAGCGUCUCCACGGUAAAACCCACAUCUCCCACUCCCACUCGCUCAGCCCCAAAUCAAAGGUCCAAUCAAAACUCUGCGACAUGGACGCAUCAUUGCUGCCGCACAGUAAGAGUCUGUCGGAGCUGGGCCUAAACUGCCUGGAGAUGUUCUCCAGCGACCUCGACCGGUCCGAAGACUGCGUCAACGUCAUCGCCCCCUCCGAUGAACUGUGCUCCACCCGGAGGCGAGCGGAGGCCAGGCACGCCCACCACAGCGAGGGGCCUGCAGGGUCGUGCCAGGCUAACGAGUCGCACUGCAACAGCUCAGACGGCGAGACGGUGGCUCCUUCUGCCUGCGUGGAGAGGAAAUGCGAGUCAUCGGGCGGCGGAGAUUCAGGGGAAGUGUCGCCCAAAAAGAGGAAAUCGCCGCCUCAGCAGCACAAGAAGCUGACGUUAGCUCAGCUGUACAGGAUACGCACCACUCUCGUCCUCAACUCCACUCUCACUGCAUCGGAGGUAUAACCACUCUUCCAAACAGCUGACCGGUGGCACGUUGGUCCGAAUAAAGAACAACACUUGUUUUGCAUGGAUGGAUGGAUGGACUGAAUUUCUUGAGACACAAAUGCACUCGCUCUCUUACUGCCCUCUCCCUUCCUCAAAUUCCUUUUUUAUUUAAAGGACACUGACCAUACCAAUUUAUUGAACAGUACAGUAACAAUCCUUUUUUUUUCUUACCUGUUGCAUUGAUUUCCAAUAUUUCCCGACGGGGAAGGGAGAGGCAGGAGAGACAUUAACUGCUUGCACUUUGCAACGGAAGUAGCAUCAUGGGGGCUGGGACCUUAAGGUGGAGUCAGAGACGGAAAGAGAGAGAGAGAGGAGGAGGAGGAGGAGGAGGAGGAGGAGACAUCCGAGACGGAGGUGUGACGAGGCCUUUUAGGCAGAGGUCCUCCAAAAAAACCUUGAAACCCUCUCUGCACCGGAGAAGAGGCGGAGCUUUGAAUCCUGCCACCUUUGGAAAAAGAGAGGGACAAUUUAAAAGUCUUGAAAAUGCUCUCUAUGACACAACGGUUGAAUUAAAAACAGCACCAAGGACGUCCUGAUAUUUGUACUACUCCUGGUUUGCUUCAACAAAAGAGACGUUAAAAAAAAAAGAAAAAAAAAAAGAAAAUUGCACAGUUAUCUUUGUUUUAAGUAGAAGAAUCACUAAGGAGUGAAUUUACAUUUACAGCCACACAGUGAAUUUGAAUUGCUGUUUGUGUCUGCUCGUGUACAGGUGUGUGUGUCUGUGUGUGUGUGUGUGUGUGUGUGUGUGUGUGACUGUGAAUGUGCACAUGUCCGAAUGAUACAUGGUCCUUGAUUCCUGACUGAAGCCAAAACAAAAAAAAAACAAAAAAAAACUGAUUCCCGUCUCCUGUGAAAAAAAACAAAA